ACUGUUUUCGUCUUUUUGUUUGCUGAAGAAGUGUACUCUCUCAGACUUAUUUACGAGGGUGCAAAGAGUAAUGACAGUAGAUGCAAUUAUGAUGGGCGUUAUGUGAGAAUAAACCUGAAGGAAUGUUGUGAAAAUAAAAAUUCGCGGAACGAAUGUCCAGCAUUUGCGGUUGGCGAAACGAGCAAGAAUUCCAACACAAGUAAGUUGGCGGGUUUCUUGAUGUCGUUCUACUGCUCUCAGUCACUUUCCAUCUCAAAAUUAUAUUAAAAAGGAAAAAAUUUAUAAGCAUAAAAUUCCAUGUUUUAUUACUGAAGACUAUCGCGCCACUGCGGGGAUCCUGUGAUCUAGCCGAAUUUCUAUGCUAUUGGCGAUACAACAUGAUAUCCGACACACCCACCCACACUCGGUAAAGUCUUUUUCACUCUUUCUAGAAAUAUUAAAUUUUGCAGUGUUAUUCUUGUUUUCCCUGAGGCUGAAUAACUGAAAAUUAGUGCUUUUUUAUCCCAUUUGGCUCUCUCUGGUUUGAUCAGGAAUGUGUCACCACUCACCAAAAAAUUAAAGUGUGAGAUAUUCCAAAAGGCACUCUGUUGCUAUGUCAUAAAGCUUGUACUUUGAUAUCAUAUUUUAGCAGAUUUUACGCUGGAAAAAUCGGAAAAAGAUGAAAAAAAACGGUGCAUCUCGUUCAACAAAACCUAUUCACUUGCCUUUAAAGGGAACUCAACCAGCUUCGAGGUGAGUGAAAACACCAGUUUAAGAAAUUUUCUCUGCAGGCGUACAAUUAUGAAAACAUCUUUUUUUUAAUAGUAGACUUUCCGAUUAUCCUAUACCACAAUAGAUUUAAUGAAUAGGUUCAAAUUUGCCGGUGAGUGUCUUUUUAGUUAGAUAUCACAACUUUGAGGUUAAAAUGUGGCGAGAACAAAAAAGUGACAAUGCCCUGCCGUAGGCACGUGCGUCAUAUUACUAUGAGAUCAAGCAUUUUGAUUUCCCCAUGAUUCACAACUGAAGACACCACACAUGACAAAAUGAAAUGGUGAGAAAAGUUAGAAGGCGGUUUGAGAAAAUCGUUGGUUCUCAAAAGUUGUUCACAAGAGUUUCCAGCGGGAAAACCGAGAAUCGCGGGAAUUUUUUUCGAUAAUGCUACGCGUUGCACUACCGCAAUAGAUGCAGCGAAUUUCUUGCUUUCGGAUUGGCUGUAGUGGCAUGGGAUAAUUUGAGGUAUAAAUGGUUAUCGGAUGACUAGAAUGCUAUUUAAAUUUUUAGUUAUGUUACUCUAAAUUCUGUGGAGCCUUUUCACUCAUAUGGAAUGCAGAUAUGCAAAGUUAAUGAAACAAUGGACGUUUUUACAUAGGAAAAAGUUUCAACUCCCACGGUAAUGGUUAGGGAAAUCAACAAUGCCGCCUUUCUAUUGCUUUUGCGACACCAAUAUCGCGGACGUGUCAUCAUGUAGAAAUGCUCCAUAGGUUUAAAACCCAAGAGACAUGCAAUCGGAUUCUUGGGUAAAAAGUAUUGCUGGAAGAGCAUUCCUAAGAAUCCCUUUCUGAUACUUAAAUAAUAAUAGUCAGUAGUAAUAAUUUCACCCUUGAAUUGUUACAUAUAGAUGAUACAGUCGAUCUUUUGCCUUUUCAGAAUGUUUCCUGUCAAGAUGAAGUCGAUAACGUUAACGUCUGGUUUAAUUAUGAAAUUUAUAACCACACAGGUGCCUAUAAAAGAUAUCGUGCGUUCUACUACAAACAAGGUGGAACGUUUAUGUGUCUUACUCGCCACUGUAGUGGAAAAUUGUAUUUAACUAGUGUUAAUUCAACAAAUGACCGAAAAUGUUUCUUUUCUACUACUAAUAAUUGAUGAUAAGUUAAUGUGACAGAACAGAAUGAGGUGUUAUUUAACGUAUGACAUAAUUCUUUAUCAAUUUAAGGCAAUUUUCCCUAUUUUAAAAGUAUUUUUUACUUGUAACGUUAAAGUUGUAUCGCACUCUAUAGAAAGGAAGGAAUUGGAUGUUUAAAGCUAUGGUGCUAUCGUUAAUAUUUCUUGCACUAGUCUCUAACACUGGCAGUGUACAUUACCAGUUAAUUCAAUAAUACAAUUAUUCUCCGCCACGGUAAUGAAUAAGCAAAUUAAAAAUAAUAUUACCUUGACCGCUAGCAGUCUGUUUGCAGUUCCACGGAGCCGAUACGAUUAUACCAAUGCAGCGAACACCACGUGCUAACAUCGAACAGUAUCGUGUGAUUGCCAAAGCUAAUAGUCAGUUAAUCAAAGGGCACGAUACUGACUCCCGGCGGGGGGGAGGGGGGGGGGGUGGUGUACCGACUGCGUUAAGUAGUACAUAACUUCAUGGGAAACGCCUUGGAAGAUUCCAUGUGAAAAAGGUGGUGAUGCUGGCCGGAAAAACACUAAAAUUAAACCCACAGAAAGCCAGGCCUGGCGCGUUGCAAUUGUCAGCUGCGGUAUAUUGCAAUAAAGAGCGCAGUUGUUAUUGAACUAUUUUCUCUCCUCUCUUCUUUUUUGCUUUCCUUUUUCUUGACGUCCCUAAUAAGUGAUACUUGAGCAGUAAAAUGGAAUUUUGGCGGUGCAUUCCCUAUAAGAAGUACCUAAUUCUGGGACUAUGUGACCACGAAUUCCCGAGCCCUUGUGUUUUGGAGCUAAUCACUAAGCAACAGUCAUCAGUGCCUCAGUUUGUCCGAAAUUGUGACAGUGAAGAGAAACUGAAGUCCACUGAAGGAUGUGCAUGAAUGAUAUGUUCAUUGUAAACGGGGCUUACUUACGGUAAGCUUCGUUGACAACAACAACAACAAAGCUAUUUAACUCCGCGAGCCACACACAACAAAAGCUGAUUUCCAGGCGGGCGCGUACGCAAACACGCAUUACAGAAGCAAGUGUUUACUAUAGGGAUGCAAAAUGUGAAAAAUUUUUAAGAAAAUAAUUUAUUUUGUAAAUAUUUACUCAAUGCAGCUAGUUUUACAAUAUAUGUUGGUGGGAGUUUUGGAGAAUAAUUAAGAUAGGUUUUAAAAAAUUUACACAUAAAUAAAGGAAUCUGAGCGAUCCAGCAGUAGGCAAAGAGGCAAGUUUGCCUUUAAAUUCGGAAAGCGAUUGUGCUGAUUUGCCUCGUAAGAAAGAUUGUUCCAGGGCAUUGCACCACUAUACUUAAAAUUACAUUUGAGGAAAUUCGUUUUUGGCCUUGGCAGUGCUAGAUCAGUUUCAAGAUUCCUAAAAUUAUGGUUGGUGCUACUAUCGUUGAGUUUUGUAAGAGGCUGUUAGAUGGAGACAGAUUGAUCAUUGAGGAUUUUGUACAUCAGGGUAGCCUUGACAAGUGAGCGACUGGUUUCGAGGUUUUUCAAUUUCAAAUUAUCAUUUACAAGCACAUCUACCGAUCUAAUGUCAUGUGAUAUGAUAAACCCGCUAAUCACAUUAUUUAAGAGGCUACCUGCGACCUAUACAUUAGAACUUCAAGGUUUUGAGGGCACUGGUCACUUACUACUUGUGAGGGGUGCCGGCUAUUUGAGAAAGCUUAAAAACAUUUCAAACCGACCUCCCUAUUUCAUCAUAGCUUUAAUUGUAUAAAUGACCCCCAUUGGUGUGGAAACUACGGAUAUUCUAACUACAAAAAAAUCUUGCCGAAGUUCACCAAAUACAGUCGAACCUUCAUGAGCGACCACCUCCCAUAAACGACCGCAAAUCCAAAACACCAAAAUGUAAGCGACCGCGACCACCUUUUGGGCCUAAUGAUUUUCUAAUUUUUUUAACUUCUUGUAAGCGACCUCUUGACGCAUUCUCUAAUCUUUUUGCUCGCUGUGUGGUGCUACUUUGACUAUACGAAGGACUUUAGUGACAACAUGGAAGUACACAUGGCGCGACUUAGAAAUUGCAUGCAAUAAAUUAUCUUCUAUAAAGUAGAUGUGCCCAGGCCUCUUCUUGGAUGAGGCCUCCUGUGUUUCAAUUCUUGUAAAGGCUCACCUCCCGUAGGCGACGACUAAGUCUUUGCAUUUUGGGUGGUCGCUUACGGAAGGUUUGACUGUAUCUGCAGUAGUGUUUCUAAGAUUGGCGUAUACCAUUCGCGGCUGUUGAAUUUAAUUUCAAUUUUGCAACCGCUUUUGUAUUACUUUCAUGAAAUUUAUUAAAAUGGCCCCCCAGGUAACGCUCCCUUAUCUGAAAAGGACCACCCAAAAUCAAGAUCAAAGAUCCCAUGGCCAGAAAUCACGCGCAUUUGAGCCCGCGCUGUGGUAUGCGGCUUUCUUCUUAACAACAGGGAAUCCAAUAUGGUGGAAAAAAAGCGUGCUUUCCUCGUAGAUUACGCACAGCUUCAUGAUAUUUCACCUCCAGCAGAAAAUCAAAAAGAGGGAAGCUGUACGAGGUAGAGAGAAUAAUCGAGUGGCGGAAAACCAAACAUGUGAGUCGAUUUUUCGAGUCAAUCCUUAAAGUUGAUCCAUUUGUGAAGCUAUUGAGACAAAAUGGCGGCCCCCACUUCCCCUCACAGGUAAAAAACGGCCAGCCCCAGAGUAGCUUUAUACACCGUACCAGAAUUUAGUAUCAGCCUAUAAAACAAGUCCCAUCAUGAUUUAUCAAGUUUGCCGGAUACAUCUCGUCAACAAACUACGUAGUCAUUGGUGAAAAAAGGAUUAGGGUUUAUUGUUUGACUUCCAUAUAGAGCGGUUUUCACUUGACUGUUGUAAAACCAAAACCAAAGUAAAUACACUAGCCAACCAAAGGGCGUAGUAAAACCAAAACCAAACCAAUUCCUCAAUUACUUUCGACAGUCAAGUGAAAACCGCUCUAUUACAUAUAUUACCUUUAUAAUAUAUUUACGUUACAUAAACUGUAUUUUAAUGUCUUGUGUUUAAUGUAACUAAUCUUAUUCGUUUUCGCCUUAUUUUGAGUUUUUCCUGGAGUCAUUUCUUUCAUCUGGACUUGGGGAUGGCCAUGUAUUUGUGUGACGGCUAUUGGGUGUCCCUGAACACUUGGUUUUACUUGUUAAUAAUAUACAUGAAAAAAAUUCUCGAUUGUGAUUGGCUAAGAGAAAAGCAGUUUAGGCAACACGGUGCAGAAUAAUUGAGUGCAGAAAAAAUGUAAUUUAGUGCAGAAAAGAGUAACAAACGUGACACUCUGAUUGGCUAAAAAACAAAGGAAUUCACAGAGAGCCAAUCAAAUGCGUCAUCUAAAUGGCGCAAAAUUUGGAUCCGCUCCGGACCAAUUUCGAGCAAAAACCGCAGCGGUUGGCGUUUGCAGCACAUUUACUUUUGCGACGGAAACAACUGUAGAAAAACGAAACACUGCGAAAAGCACUGGUUUUUGGCUCUCAGUUUGGAAGAAUUGGUGCGUAGACAAGGAUGUUACUGAUGAAAUAGAAAAUUAUGAGCCGGCUGAGUUGCUUGAGCAUUUCUACGCCGAAGUAAACAAUAAAAAAGGUGAAGAUUAUGAACCAGAAAGCCUUAAAGUAAUGACGGCAUUGCUUGAUAGACACUUAAAGAACAAAGGCUGCACCCUGUCCAUUGUACGUGUCCGAGAAUUUAGUUCGUCCAAAGAGGUGCUGGAGGACAAAGCGAAAUAG